CACACGACGUUUAGGCUUGGUCCGUUCUGAGACAAACGGCACUUCAUAAGGUCAUGGCUGACGGCGUUGUCAUCUUGUGGACUUCCCACCGCUGUGCUGGUACGGCGUUCGAGCGUUCCAUUCGUGAGCUGGAAUCGGUUAAAGGACUACACGAGCCUAACUGUUUAGCAUUUUUCUGCGAAGAUGGAAAGCUGAGAGAUGAUCCAGAUUCUGUGUAUGAAGCCAAAGUGAAGUAUAUCAUUUCACAAAUGCAGCAAUGCGCAAGUGCAGGUUACAAGUACCUUUUUAUAAAGGAUUUGGCCUAUUACCUUGGUGGAAGAUACAACCAUUACAUCCAAGGAGAAUUUGCUAAUUUUAAGCAUACAUUUAUGAUUCGUGAUCCAGUGGCUGUUGCACACUCAAUACAAGGUUUGGUAGUUCAGAAUGGCGUAACGCCAUACUUCACUGAUACCUUGGGUUUCCAAGAGCUUUGCAAUAUGUAUGAAAUAGUGAAAGAUGCCAAUUCUACUAGGCCCGUGGUAAUUUCUGCUGAAGACGUCUUCAAUAAUCCAAGGGACAUGAUGGAAGGGUACUGUAAGAGUGUAGGGCUUCCAUUUUCGGAGAAAAUGCUUAAGUGGGAACCUAACGUUUUCGACGACUGGAAGCAAUACCCAAUGUAUGAGGUUUGGCAUAAUAAAGUGAUGGCUAGCACUGGAUUUGUGAAGCAUACGGAAAAGCAGACGAAGUCAAGUGCUGACCUACUGCCUGAAUUUCAGAGUGCUGUAAAGAAUGCACUGCCAUACUAUGAGAAGCUGAAUAGUUUACGGAUUAUAUUCCCAUCUUACAAUCACUAAGGAACUAGAAAGGUAGCUAUAGGAGUAGAUAAUAGAUGCAGUAGAAGCAGAAAAUUUUGCUGUUUGUAACCACUAAAUUUUGUUGUGUUACUCGCUACCAUUCUUACAGAGAUAUUUGCAUGA